AUGAUGCUGCGGAUCCGCAUGCUCUCGGGCGAAGAGGUGACGAGCAUACCUCUGGAAGAGGUGGGCAGCGUGAAGGAAGUGAAGCAACGAUUGCAUCAGCUGCAUGGCCUGCCGCCCCGCUUCAGGCAGAAGCUCCUCCUCCAGGGUGCAUGUCUGGGCGAUGCCGAUGAGUUACACUCCACCUUCGAACUGGACCUCGUUCUUCAAUCUUUUUGCGACGCCUCCCAGACACAAGUGAGCGACCUGGUAGCGGCCUGCGAGGAUGGCUCUGUCGACAAGGCCCGCCAGCACUACACUGUCCGCUUGGGGAGCGUGAGACAAGUGCGGGAACUCGCCAAGAUCGGCAUCAAUGGGAAGCUGAGGCUGCAAGGUCGUCUGCUUCGAGCGUACCCCUUGCGCGGGGAUGAGUCCGUCGCUGGAGCAGAGCCCGCCGCGCCGGCUGCACCUCCGAAACGCCCACAAAAGCGCGACAGGGAUGACGCCGAGGGUGAUGAUGGCGGCCAAGGUCGGCCGACGAAAGUGAUCAGGAGGGGGACGCAUGACAAGCGAAAGGCUUGCUUCCUCUGCGGGGAGCCAAGCCACGAGUUGCCAGACUGUCCCAUCCAGCGGGAGUGUGUGCUGGUCUGCAGAGAGUGGGGCGGCAGCAGCGCGCCUGCACAGCAGGAGCUGCAGGCCGCGCUGGCAGAACAAGGUUUCGAGGCCGUGCGCUCAUACUGGCAUGGCGGCGUUUGCUAUGUUCGGCUGCGAAGCAAUGAAGAGGCAGCCGCGGCCCUGCAGAUCUGGGGCGGCCAAAACCGCCUGCAGCUGGGUGAAGAGGCUUUUCAAGUGCGCGCCGCCCGCUCCACCCGACGUCGUGAGGCGCCUGAGAAGAAAGCGCCCGAGGCCGAAGCGAUCGGCCAAGACGAGGAGUGCGCCCUUUGUGGAUCGGCGGAACAUGUCUUUCGGGCCUGUCCCUUGCGCAACCGUGCUGUUCGCAUCAGUUGCGCCUCACUCGCCAAAGAUGCCGCGGCCGCACUAGAGCAGGUCAAGGCGGCCGCAGCGGAGUUGGAGACCGCCUGGGCUUCUGAGGCGCGCUGGCAUCGCAACUCCCUGUUCGUCAUCAUGGCAUCUGACAAAGACGCCAAGACUUUGCUGCACUCGGCAGCGGCAGAAGGCCUGGAGAUUGAUGGCAGCAUGGCCAGCGUCGAGCGAGCGACCGCCAAAGCAACAGGUCCGUCGACCACCCGCACACCAGGAUUGCGGCCCGAGGUGCGAAAGAGAAAGCCCGAUUGA